UAUCUACAGACGACUGUUAUCCUUUUUAAGAAUAGUUUAGCUUAUAAGUAUCACAAACCAGACCUCCAAAACUCUCACGGCUACCCACAACAAUGGCGUCAACUUUUUCUCUCCUCUUUCUCUCUCUCUGCCUUCUCCUCUCUUCACAAUUCUCAUCUGCAAGAGUGCAAAACUCCUAUCUUCACGUGUCUCCGACUUUGAAUACUCCAAAAACAGAAGCGGAGAGGCUCAUAAGAAGCCUCAACUUGUCACCUAAAAAGGCAGUGAACAUGGGUUUUGAUCAUGGAGAAGUGGCUCCCAGGAUGGUUGAAAAGAGUCUUAACUUCCCUUUUCUUGAAGGGUCCUCUGGGUCUUCAGUUCAAGACCUUGGCCACCGUGCUGGCUACUUUAAGCUUGCUCAUACGGUAGAUGCGAGGAUGUUCUACUUUUUCUUCGAAUCUCGAGGAAGCAAGAAGGACCCAGUUGUGAUAUGGUUGACUGGAGGGCCAGGAUGCAGCGGUCAACUAGCUUUGUUUUAUGAAAAUGGUCCCUUUCAUAUAACAGAUAACUUGACUCUCACCUGGAACGACUAUGGUUGGGACCAGGCAUCAAACAUUCUGUUUGUGGACCAGCCUACUGGAACCGGCUUCAGUUAUAGUUCUAGUGAGAGUGACAUUCGUCACAGUGAAGAGGGUGUUAGCAAUGACCUAUAUGACUUUAUGCAGGCAUUUUUCAAAAAGCAUCCUGAGUUCGUGCGGAAUGACUUUUUCAUAACUGGGGAAUCGUAUGCCGGGCACUACAUUCCUGCGUUUGCUGCUCGGGUUCAGAAAGGAAACAAAGCAAAAGAAGGGGUCCAUAUAAACCUUAAGGGAUUUGCAAUUGGUAAUGGUCUUACGGAUCCUGCAAUCCAAUAUAAGGCAUAUACUGAUUAUGCAUUGACCAUGAAGAUUAUUGGAAAAUCUGAUUAUGAUAGUAUCAACGAGUUGAUUCCAGAUUGUGAAGAAUCGGCGAAAUCUUGUGGCCCUGCCGGUGGAGUGGCCUGCGAUACUGCAUACUAUAGUUGUAAUCAGAUCUUCCAAAGCAUCAUCAAUGUCGCUGGUAAUAUAAAUUACUAUGAUAUCAGAAAGCAGUGUGAGGGGUCCCUGUGCUAUGACUUCUCAAACCUGGAGAAUUUCAUGGGCUUGAAAUCUGUGAAGGAGGCUAUAGGGGUAGGGGACAUGGAAUUUGUUUCAUGUAGCUCAGAGGUAUAUAAUGCCAUGCAGAGGGACUGGAUGAGGGAUAUGGAAGUGGGUAUUCCUGCUCUCCUUGAGGAUGGAAUCAAGAUGCUUAUAUAUGCUGGGGAAUAUGAUCUCAUAUGCAACUGGCUCGGGAAUUCAAAUUGGGUUCAUGCCAUGAAAUGGUCUGGUCAGAAAGAUUUUGAGGCAUCUCCGACUGUUCCAUAUCUAGUUGAUGGUAAAGAAGCGGGACAGCUAAAGUACCAUGGACGUCUCGCUUUUCUCAAGGUCCACAAUGCUGGUCACAUGGUUCCCAUGGAUCAGCCCAAAGCUGCACUACAGAUGCUGAAGACCUGGACACAAGGAAAACUUGCGCCAAAAAUAAAAGAUGAGACUACCUGGUGAUGAAGAGGCUUGUCUGUGUCAACAUAAUCUUUCAUAUAUUGUUUCAAAAACAGCAGUUGGGGAGGGAUUAGCCAUUCUUUGAUCUUCACAGGGCUGUAAAGACCAGUCAAUAAUAUUUCGAUUUUUUUCCCAAGUGGGCUAA